AUGGAAAACAAGCGAAGAUAUAGGUUUAAACAACAACCGAUUUUUGAUAGUAGCUCUUUUCUGAAGGUCUUUAGGGAGCUUAAAGUAAGUGAAAGUCAUGCGUAUAGAGUUUGGCGUUAUUUGAUACAGAAGAAUGUUAAGGAAUUUAGUGAUAUCCCCGAUAUUCCUAAAAGGAUAUUGGAGGAAAUUCAAUUAAAUUUUAAGUUACUAACUUCUAAUAUUGUACAAAGUCAUACAACUGAUGAUGGUAAUACAACAAAGCUUAUAAUUAGGUUACAAGAUGGCCAUGAGAUUGAGACAGUUAUAAUGAGAUAUGAUAGAUGUAAUGAUGUGGCUAAAAAAUCAGAAAACAAAAAUUUGGACACAUUAGAAGUACCAAAUUUACCAAUAUAUAGGAGAGUAUCUCUUUGUGUAUCAAGUCAGAUUGGAUGCAGAAUAGGAUGCACAUUUUGUGCUACAGGCACGCUGGGAUUAGGUGGAUCGCUUGUUACUGGAGAGAUUAUUGAACAGGUAUACCAUGCAAUAAAUAUUCUUAAUGAACCUGUUAAGAAUGUUGUAUUUAUGGGCAUGGGGGAACCAUUAGAAAAUUACAAUGAGGUAGUUGAUGCAAUAAAAAUAUUAUUGGAUACAAGAUUAUAUGGUUUAUCUCCCAGUAAGAUUUCCAUAAGUACAGUUGGAAUACCAUCUGGUAUUGUAAAUAUGGCAGAUGAUUUACCUGGAGUAGGAUUAUGUUUAAGUUUACACGCACCAGAUCAAGUACUAAGGGAACAAAUAGUUCCUAUUGCGAAGAUGUACAAGAUAUCUGAGCUGAUAAGAUCAACAGAUAUAUUUAUAGCAAAGUCUAUAUUGAAUAAAUUUAUUAAAAAGAUUACCGAUCAGAGAAAUAAUCGCACUGAAAUUAAAAUAGACAAUCUUGAAAGUACAAUUAUAUCUCCAAAAUGGUUCAAUAGCCAUAGCACUGUGAUGAUUGAAUAUAUUCUUAUUAAAGAUGUAAAUGAUUCAAUUAAUCAUGCAAAAGCUCUGGCAAAUUUACUAAACAAUACUUAUACAGACAAAAAUGAUAUCAAUAUGAUUUUUGAAAGAUGUAUACAAAGUGAACGCUUGGAAAAGAAAGUUGCUAAAUCUUUUCAAAAAGCUUUCUUAGAUAAUUAUAAAAGAUCUAAUUUCAUAUUUGUGAAUAUCUUGCCUUAUAGUGAAACAAAUGCAACUCCAAAGUAUGCCACUCCUUCAGAAGGUAAAGUUCGGACAUUUUGCAGGAUAUUGAAUAAUUACGGAAUUGUCGUUACAGUUAGACGAAAGAUGGGGCAAGAUAUUGGCGGUGCAUGCGGGCAGUUAGCCUUUAAAGGUAAAAUUAAGGAAAUUCAAGAUGAUGAUGAAUAUAGUGAUGAUAACAAAAGUGACAAUUAUAAUAAAAGUUAUUUUUCAAUCUACAAAUCAUUAUAUAGUAUUUUCAAGCCUAAACCUGCUUUAUUUAACUUAGCUAAUAAAUAUAUCAUAUUGAUAAAUAUAUCAAUUGGUAGCCUAAUCUUUACUACAGGUAUUAUUGGAUUAUCUAUGUACUAUAGAAGAAAGAAAUCUACUACUCCAUAA